GUCAUCUAGACCCAUUUAUAUGGUAGAAGUGAUCGGUUGAGAAACAAAACUUGUUGUAAGAGCAACAUAGGAACAUACUUAAAAAUUUUGUGCCGAUAGUUCUAAAAUGUUAACAAUCAGCAAUUUAGUGCUUAUUUUGUCCUGUCUUGGACUUAUUCUUCCGACAUUUUGUCUUCCAGUUGAUGAAAAUGACCAAAAUGAGCCAAUAAGUGCAACAAUAUCAGCAAUAACUUCUGCUGCGGCGGCCGCGGUAAGCGCGGGAACCAGUGUUGCGGGAACAACAAUGAGUGCGUUAAUGGCAGACGGUUAUGCGGUCACGUGCGGUAUCGAAAUAGAAAAUUGGACAAAAUACGUUUUAGCUUUUCCUAUUGCUCACGUAAAGGGAGGAACUCUUUCGUCUCCACCUGUGACAAUAUUACCGGCAAAGAAAGAGGUGAUGAUAUCUCACAAAGCUUCUGGUACCGCUACAGGUGUUUACGGGACUGCGUCUUGGCUCAUAGAAUCGACAGCUGUUAGUCAGCAACGUCGACUUGUUGUCAUGUGGUCAGCACCGUACGACUUUAACAUUCACAGCAACACCCUUGCUGUAGGAAUAACAACUCCAGGACAAACGUCACAUCCGGUAGGACCAACAUGGUUCGACAAAAUGUAUUAUGAUGAGAAGGUCGCCAUAUUGCCGUAUAUAAAGAAAGAAUUUGUCCGCGAUUUCUCACCAAUCAUCUUUGAGGACGCUGAUUAUCAGAUAGUUGCUACUAUGGGAUCCAGUCACAAAGCUCAAGUCAAGAUUCAUAUUAGACCGAAGAAAUUUGAAGAUCUUGCUGCGAAUAUAAAAAGCCAGAUUCAGAAAAAAUAAUUUUUGAACAGUUUUCUUUAAUUACCAGUUGUUUUAAUCUAACAAUUUUGUCUUAAAGAUAAACAUUUUUUACUUUCAAGAUAAGGAAUAGUGAUAAAUCAUAUAGCUCUCACUUAUGAAGAACUUUCAAGUUAUUAUUUGUACAAUGUAUAUAAUAUUAAAAAAAUAGACUGCCAA